AUGUACAGUGAGCCAUGUUCUGGAGGACAGUACAGGAGAACGGAGCAGCAGUUUGGUAGUGGGCAGGAUGAGGCAGCUGGACUACAAGAAAUUCUGAAGUGGAAUGGAUGGGGAUAUAAUGACUCCAAAUUCAUAUUCAAUAAGAAGGGUCAAGCAGAAUUCACAGGAAAGAGGUACAGAUUAGGUGGUAUGGUAUUACCAACUUUUAAAGAAUGGAUAGAAAAAACCUUUGGAGCAAGUCUGGAGCACAAAACUACCUCUAGAGCAUCUUUAAAUGUUAAUGAUGUACCUCCACCUAUUGUAAAUGAAGAAUUUCUUCAGGAUCUUAGAGCCACUAAAAUCUCAUAUUCACAAGAUGCAGAAGAUAGGGUAUUCAGAGCUCAUGGUCACUGCCUACAUGAGAUAUUUGUACUCAGGGAAGGAAUGUUUAAGCGAAUUCCUGAUAUAGUUGUAUGGCCUGUUUCCCACGAAGAUGUAGUUAAAAUUGUGGAAUUAGCCUGCAAACAUAAUCUCUGCAUAAUACCGUUUGGUGGAGGAACAAGUGUCUCUAGUGCCCUUGAGUGCCCUGAAGAAGAAAAAAGAACAAUUGUCUCUCUGGAUACAUCGCAAAUGAAUCGGAUUCUCUGGAUAGAUGAGAAGAAUUUAACAGCAUGUGUGGAAGCUGGCAUUAUUGGACAAGAUUUGGAAAAACAGCUUUCUGAAAGUGGCUUCUGUACAGGCCAUGAACCAGAUUCCAUGGAGUUCAGCUCACUAGGAGGAUGGGUAGCAACACGAGCAUCAGGCAUGAAGAAAAACAUCUAUGGAAACAUUGAAGAUCUGGUGAUUCAUAUAAAAAUGGUAACUCCCAGAGGAAUAGUUGAAAAAAACUGUCAAGUACCUCGCAUGUCAACAGGACCUGAUAUCCAUCACUUUAUUAUGGGAUCUGAAGGAACUCUGGGAGUGGUUACUGAAGUUACGAUAAAGAUUCGGCCUCUUCCUGAAUACCAGAAAUAUGGCUCUGUGGUCUUCCCCAACUUUGAACGAGGGGUGGCCUGCCUAAGGGAAGUGGCAAAGCAGAGAUGUGCUCCUGCAUCAAUUCGCCUUGUCGACAACGCACAGUUUCAAUUUGGUCACGCUCUUAAACCACAAGUUGCUUCCAUUUUUACAUCAUUUUUGGAUGGACUGAAAAAGUUCUACAUCACAAAGUUCAAAGGAUUUGAUCCCAACAUCCUAUGUGUAGCUACCUUGCUCUUUGAGGGUGACAGAGAGAAGGUUCUUCAGCAUGAAAAACAAGUGUAUGACAUUGCCACCAAGUUUGGAGGCUUGGCAGCUGGAGAAGAUAAUGGACAGAGAGGAUAUAUGCUGACGUUUGUCAUUGCUUACCUUCGGGACCUGGGCCUGGAUUACUAUGUAAUAGGAGAGUCGUUUGAGACAUCUGUUCCUUGGGAUAGGGUUUUAGACCUCUGUAGGAAUGUGAAGGAAAGGAUAGUAAGAGAAUGCAAAGAAAAGGGUGUUCAAUUUGCUCCCUUUUCCACUUGCAGGGUGACACAAACUUACGAUGCAGGUGCAUGUGUCUAUUUCUACUUCGCCUUUAACUACAGAGGGAUUAGUGAUCCUAUUCAUGUCUAUGAAGAAAUUGAGAGGGCUGCUAGAGAAGAAAUACUUGCCAAUGGAGGAAGUCUGUCACAUCACCAUGGAGUAGGCAAAUUGCGGAAGCGCUGGAUGAAGGAGAGUAUCUCUGAUGUUGGCCUGGGAAUGCUGAGAUCUGUUAAAGAAUAUGUGGACCCCAAUAACAUCUUUGGAAACAAAAAUCUUUUAUAAAGCCCUGCACAACAUGGUGUACUGAAACUUCUUCAAAAUUACUGUUGAAAUUCUUCCAUUUUCAUUGUACUGAUAUCCCAGUAAUCAAAUAUAACAUAGCCUAAACUUUAAAACUAGUAUCUUACAUUGAUUUUUGCCAUCCCCUUCUCCCCAAUAAAGUUUAAACAUUGCUGUUAACGUUUAUGGAUUUUUACUUACAAUGCUCUUAAACAACCCACUGGGCAUAAAGUACAUUACCAGCCAGGAAAUGCUAAUUUGAUUUUCCAAGUUUGGCUAGGCAACACAGCUGACAAUAUUUUCAAUGCUGGAUACAGCCAGCUGUUUCUUACUAAAGCAUCCCCCUGCAAGGAGAACAAAGACUGACAACAGUGUUUUCUACAGAAGCAGCUGCUCAACCCAGCCUCUUGCUAAAGGAAAGCUGCUAGGAGACAGAUGAGAUUACACCAAGGAGUACUUCUCUAUGCUGAAGAAUUAGGUAUGUAACAGAUUUGUAACCAGCGAAUACUUAAAGCACAAAUGUAGGCUUUAAUCAAAAAAGACAGUGCCAGUUAAAUUGUUUCUAAAAACUCAGUCUCCCACCUUAAGAACAAUUGUAAAAUUGUAAACAAUUGAGCUGUUCUAAGUUGUAUUUGCAUUGCUGGGAUUAUCUUAAAUUAAUCAUAGGUCAGUCACUGUAAGUUUUGUACAAUCGACAUUUCUCACUGUAUGUUAAUAACAGGUUUGUAACAAAACUUUGCCUUCAUCUGUACUGCAGUCCUAGUGUGUAUGGUUUUGCUCCUGUUUUUGUUUAUUUUGCAGAAAUGCGAAAUAUCUUUUUCAGUAAAAGAAAAAAAAAUUUUGGCUAUUCAAGUGAAACUGCCCAGUGCUGUCUUUUGAAACAGUCUCAAUGGUUUAAUAAAACUGAAGUGGACAUACUAUCAUUCUGAAAGUGAGGUUUCCCUUUUUAGUUUUGUACAGUUUCCUAUGGCCUUUAUGAAUCAUUUAUCUACUUCAGUAGUAGCUGCAACUUUAAUUAUCCAUUUAACUUUAAGAAAAUGAAAUAUUUUCUUGAUCAGUAUGGUAUGCGAGUAAGCAUUUUUACAUUGAAACUUGAAUCUUGAUCAGUAAAACAAACUAAAAGUAUUUGUCAGUACUCAUGACACAACUGUAAGGUGGGUUAUUUUCUUAAAGCAUGUUAUUAACUUUUUUGAUAAUUAAUGUAUAUGAUUGCAUAAGAUGAAAAAAAAAAAACAACCCAUGAACUGGCCUUUGAGGACACAGUCUCUCUAGCCAACUGCUUCACAACGCUGUAGUGUCAGUUUGGACACCUUUUUUUAUUAGUAUUGCCCUUAAUGAGAUGGAAAAAAAAAAAAAAGUAUUGUUUUUAAACUAUUUUAGAAUACUGUUUAAUUAGCUCUUAGUUUUGGUAGUACAAUGAAAAGAAUAGAAAAUGCUCAAAAAACUGCAUAUCAAACAAAACCUUGAACUUGUUUAAAAAUGAAUUUCAAUUCUGUAGUUGAAAUGAUGAAAACCCAAAGAAUAGUUAAAAAUCACUUCAAAAUGCAUGCUGUCAAGAUACUAAAGGAAAACUUUUCAUAAUCUGCAGGACAUGAAAUAGGUGGUUAACACAAUAUUCGUAAUGCAGCUAGAUUUAUUUCUGGUGGUCUAUUUCACAACAGUUUGAUACAGUCUAGUCUUCUUUUUUUGUUCUUGGCCCAGAGUUUGUAUUUCAGCAGCAACCAAAAUAAUAGGUAGAGUUUGUUUUAGGAAACUGUCUUUUCAGAAUGUGGUUAAGUAUUCCUUCAUUUAUAUGUACUCAACGAUGUCUCAGCAAAGUGAAUCUGUUCAUGUUUAUGCAGGGGAAUUCCUCAUCUCACAUACUGCACAAUGGUGGCUACUUGACCACCACUAGAAUCUUGCCAGUGGCUACUAUCACUAACAUAGACCUUUCUAGGAGUUGGUAAAUAUGAAGGGUGUUUUCACCUGUCCCUCAAUGAAAUUAUUUGUCUAGCUAUGAAUAACCAGUUUUGAAGGAAAGCGUGUGAAGCCUUUUUGUAAAAUGAUGGCACAAACAUAGAACAAGUUGUCAUGAUUCAGUAAUACCUGUCAAAAUCUUAAGACUUGAAGUUACUGCUCAGCCCUGACUCUUUAACUUUCUGGCUAUGGCUUUCCCAAUCCUUGCUUUAUUGAAGUUUCACAGGUAAAACUUAUCUAUGCUUUCUAUUUCUAACCUUCAUGUAGCCACUGGCUGUUAUUUAAAAUGCAGUAAAGAUUUUUGCUGCGUAUCGGUUGUCCUAUGGGAAGGUGAAAUAACAUGUUAUAGGAGUCCUAAAGUUAUAUUGUUGCAUAACACUGAGGAGAAGAUGAACUACAACUGUAAUGGAUGUUUUUGCUAAUGACCACCUGAUCGCUAUCUUCCUAAAUAUUUUUUUUAAUCUUAGGAACUGACGAGCUCAGUGAAAUUACAGUUAAAAUAAUAUAGUACUGAUGUCUUUAAUUAUUUCACAUUUAAAUUCCUAUUGAAAAUAGUGAAGCGUCAUACAAGUUCAGGAGCCCAUUUAAAAGAAAUUUUCCCUCUUAGUAUUAAGUCUUCCACCACUCCUUUCCUUCUGUAUUCUCUACUUUCUUGAUGAAGACUUAAUUUCCGCUAGCUGCAGCCUGUUUGGAGUGGAAUCAAAAGUGUAUCUUGGUAUACCACAUAACUUUUUCAUUUGGUUAACUAUUUGGGCUAUAUGUUACAAACAGUUUUAAUUAAGAUUGUCAUGACAUCUUGUUACACAGCUUUGGUUCUCUUGGAAGGAAGAAAGGUGCUGAGUGAGUAUGGCAUGACUACUAGAUCUAUUUACAUUGGGUUAGAGCUUUCUGAAAAUUUUGAAGAGAAUGUCAUAAAA